AUGUCCGCUUCACACCCCACGAUCCUUCUUAUCGGCGCUUCGCGUGGCCUUGGCCACGCCAUGGCAGCCGAAUUCCUAGAAAAGGGAUGGAACGUUGUUGGGACAGUCCGCGGAGAGUCGCGAACAUUACUCCACGAGUUAGCGGACAAAUACACCGGGCGUGUUGACAUUGAGACCCUGGACAUCUGCAAACCGGAUGAAAUCCAGGCGCUGAAUAAGCGUUUGUCGGGCAAGAUAUUCGACAUGCUCUUUGUGAACGCCGGAACAACAAAUCGUGUCCAAACCCAAACAAUCGGAGAUGUAUCAACCGAGGAGUUUGUACAUGUCAUGGUCACAAAUGCGCUCAGCCCCAUGCGUGUUGUUGAAAGUCUGGCACAUCAUGUGGCCCCUCAGGGUCUAAUCGGUGUGAUGUCUUCUGGACAGGGAAGCAUCAGCAACAACGAAACAGGCCAGCGAGAGGUAUACCGCGGUACUAAAGCUGCGCUGAACAUGUACAUGCGAAGCUUUGCAGCUCGUCAAAUCCCAUGGCGUCCAAUGGUGGUGAUGGCUCCAGGGUGGGUCAAAACUGAGUUGGGAGGUCCGGAGGCUCGGCUUACCAUCGAAGAAAGCAUUCCGAGCUUGGUGAAUGUGCUCCUUGCAAAGAGAGAACGACCCGGACUUGAAUACCUCGACUACCUCGGUCGGACUGUGCCUUGGUAA